AUGGGUGAAAGAAAAAGCGAUGACCCCAAAGAUGUGAUCAGAAAAGGAAAAUCCAAGACGCAACUCAAAAGAAAUAUAGGUUAUUUUGAUGGGGUAAGUUUUAUUAUAGGAACAAUUGUUGGGGCAGGGAUCUUUGUUUCUCCCACUGGGGUGUUAAAGCAUUCCUUACUUAAUGUUGGUGUUGCACUAACGAUCUGGACUGCAUCUGGGCUGGUUUCUCUGAUGGGUUCCCUCUGCUAUGCAGAGCUGGGAGCUGCUCUGCCAUUCUCUGGAGGAGAAUACAGCCACAUUAAAAGAGGCCUUGGAUCCCUACCUGCUUUUGUGUUUAUCUGGACAUCAACAGUUACCAAGCCAGCUUCGAAUGCUGCUCGAGCUUUGCUGUUUGCUGAAUAUGCCACCCAGCCUUUCUACGGUGUUUGUCCUGCACCAGAAGUGGUGAAGAAAUGCUUGGCCUUGGCCGUUCUCUGGUCCCUGGGGAUUUUGAAUAGUCGCAGUGUUAAAAUGGCUGCAUGGGUGCAGACAGUUUUCACUCUGCUGAAGAUGAUGGCCUUGUCUGUAAUUGCCAUCGGUGGCAUAGUUCUCCUUGUUGGCGGGAGAAGGGAGAGUUUGGCCAGGUUUGAGAACAUGUUCAGCUCAGAGAUCCCCAGUGCAUCACAGGUUGCCGAAGCCUUCUUCCAAGGACUGUACGCUUACGGUGGCUGGUGGUCCCUCAAUUAUAUGGCAGAGGAGAUUAAAAACCCUAGCAGGAAUAUCCCCUUAACUGUGAUGACUGCUGUUCCUGCAGUAAUGGUUUUUUAUUUACUGGUGAACAUCUCAUAUCUGACUGUCCUCACACCUAAGGAAAUCGUCUCUUCAGUUGCUGUGGCAGUCACUUGGGCUGAUCGAGUGAUCCCCUCUGUUGCCUGGAUCAUUCCUCUCUCUGUUGCUGUCUCAAUAUUUGGUGCCCUCAACAGCAGCAUGUUCACACUAGGUCGAUUAAGCUAUGCUGGAAGUCAGUCAGGACAUUUACCUGUUUUAAUGUCCAUGCUUAAUGUCCAUUCCUGUACUCCAGCACCAGCCAUGAUUUUUUCAACCACCAUUGCAUCCAUUUUUAUCAUCCCUUCUGACCUUAUUAUGUUAACAAAUUACUUUGGAUUUUCUGCCUGGCUUAUGACUGGAUUGACUUGUGCAAGCCUGAUUGUACUUCGAUACCGGGAACCUCAUCUGCAUCGCCCGUACAAAGUGUUUCUACCAGUUCCAUUUGUGAUGGUGGCAGUGUCUUUCUUCUUAGUGUUAGCUCCCAUAGUCUGGUCUCCAAAUCUGCAAUAUGUUUAUGCCUUCCUGUUUAUGCUGGGAAGUCUUCUUGUUUAUCUGCCUUUCAUACAUUUUAAAUUGCAUUUUUCAUUUCUUGAUAAAAUUACUUGCCACUUACAGCUCCUGUUGGAAGUCUCCCCUGCUGAUGGGUCUGCUGAGAGCAAAUGUGAAUAAUGGCAGGUGUUUAAACCUGGUACAACUGAGAGCCCACAGAGGAUUUUGUUUAACUGAAACUGUAGAAGGUAGAAUUUAGAUGAUAGGUGUGAUAUGCAGAUGUACAUGAGUGUGCAUGCGUGUGUAUGUAUAUAGAUAAAUAUACAUAU